AUGACCAUGCAGGUACAAAGUCAAGGGAUUACCGAUGGACGUCUGAAGUAUAAUGGGGAUGGAAAAAUUUUGGUGGAGGACUUGUCGACAGAGAUCUUACUGUCUGAAGUUUCUUCGUCAUACGACGAGAAUUCCAAAGGCAAAACAAGCUUUGAUCAUCACAAGGCAAUGUUUGGCCUCUUGGCCAUAAUAAGGACAAUUGCCAGCCUGUACAAUUAUGGCAGCUUUGAAACGUUCUCAAAACUAAAGCUUCAUUUGUCCAUUCACACGGUAAUAUGUUACCGUAAAUGUGGUGUAUAUACUGCUCGAAUACAACAUAUUCACACAUUGUUUGAUUCGGUUUUUGACUGUCGCCACCACUCCAGAUAG